AUGUCUUCAGGGCUUCCCGAAAAACCGACUAUGGAGUCAUUAGGCCUUCGAGAGUCUGGGCUCUAUUUUCCUACCACUGCAAACAGAGUCGUCAACUUUCCUCCAGAUGUGAUACGACAAGACGCCUUGGAUACGCGAAUUGUCGUACACGGCCGCUUUCCUGAACUAGUUGAACGAUUUCUGGCUCAUAAGCGCACACACGGAAGCUCUCUAGAAAAGCGGCUAUAUGGUCCUGAUUGGACCUGGCCGCAACAAGUAACGAGACUUAUAGAGAAGCGACCCCUAUCUUUUGUCGGUGGAAACGACUCAACUCUACUACGUACCGGGCAAUCAUUCCAGAUGGGAACCAAGUUUUGGGAUUCCAUAGGUGCUGAAGGUACACCUUACCAGAGCCUAGAAGAAUACUUGACCUACGAUGAGAUCAUGCUUGGCAGCUUGAUCGGAGUCAGCAGUCCGAGUUACUUUAUUAAUGAUGGCGCCCGGUAUAACAAUGGAAGGCCCCAGGACGAUGGAACAUUUGAGUCUAGGGGGAUCAUCAUCGGAUUAGUUGGGCCGCGAUUUGAGCGCCCACAGCACAUGGACUCUAACCUCAUUCUAGAUGGUGUGGUAACGAGACAACAACAUCCUGAACUCACCAAUAUAUUUUUGGAUUUCCUUGGCGUAGGAGAAAGAUCGGAGUUGCAUACGGAUAGGUUCUCUAUACCAGCCUAUAUCGCGCGUAUACGUAUUAGUGCCGAGAUUCUGCUUCUAGAAGCAAAUGAACGCGCGCUGGCCGUAGGCCGAAAGGCGUAUGUCUACAUCGUAGGCCUCGGCCUCGGUGUAUGGGCAUACAAUUCGCUGCAGCCCGAUUUAUUCGUAAACGCUUUCCAAGAGUCAUUAUUGGUUCUAGGACAGAAGCUUACUCAUAUCGGAACACUUGAAUUCGCAUGGAUUCCAGUGUCAAUGGAAACCCAGGAACAUUUAGCCGGUGCCGCAUUGCCACUGGGCAUAGCUGCUAGAUUCUCAAGGCGCAAUCCAGCUCAAAAGUUGGAAGACCACAGAGCAGACCAGCUUCUUGUCUUAUCUUACGCGUGGGAUGGUAAUUCGUUCCCUGGCAACGAAUACUGGGAGGGAAGUCUAAGUGCUAGUGGUGAUCCUGCAGCGGCAUGUAUGAGUACAAUCCCUGAACUACAUAACCCCUUGGUCAACCCGGACUUCACCAAGCGAAUCUUUGUGGUAGACAGCUCGGAAAAUUAA